AUGGCGUUGCUCCGGCGCCAGGGGCUACAAAGUCAGCCUCUCCAGCGUGCCAGCACCACAGUCACAGGGGCAAGAGGUUCUGUAUUGCUCAGCCGAGCAUGCACCCUCACACUGCCCAGCCCGACUGGCUUUCAUGUGCCGGCCACUCAGCACAGACAGGCAAUCGUGCUACAGCGCACUGGCACCGUGACACUGGCAGAGUCCGCCCCGGGCUUGACAGCACCGCCAGCACAACAACCGGCUGAGCCUUGGCGAAGUGCUGGGACAGUGAAGAUACCGGAGAUGGCUGGAACUGCUGCACCGACUCCAGCACCGGUUAAGUCGAUCGACGCGCAGGCGACAUGCGUGCGACGCAUGCCGACGAAGGAAGACUUGCCAGAGAUGGGACGGCUCCUCUUUCAGUCCAUGCUCGGACCUCUGGAGGAGGAGCAGCCACGCCAGCUUCGCCUGGUGAUUGGGGGCCUGACGGGCUCCGGCAAAAGCACCAUCUGCUGUAUGCUUCGGCACCUGCUGGCAGGAGUCUGGAUCCAGGACGAGUUUGGCAGUCAGACAGCGCUCCUCAAAGCGAUAGCAGAAGCAGCGGCAGAUGAUGCCGUGCCCGUUCUAGUUGUGGACGAGAUGCAGCAUCGGACCGGAAUUGUCCAAGAAAUGCAAAAAGGACGUCCAGGUGACAUCGUCUAUGUGCAGAUCAAGCAUCCAGAUGAUGCGGUGGAUCGUUGGGAGAACACUUUGGAUUGGUGCGCAAGCCGAAUUGCUCGGCGUGGGUCUGGACAUCGCGGACAUCGCACCCUGAUGGCAGACCACCUGCGGCUGCGUUCCAUACUGCAGCGGACAGCUCAAGCCGCGGAGCCCCUGAGCAAGGAGGAAGUCCGAAACUUUGCUGCCACACUACGUGUCAACAUGGCGCAGACCUCCAUCGCACAGGUAACGAAGUUGCUACAGGAUUUGCACGAUGCCUGGCUUGAAGGAAUAUUGGAGUCUGGAGUGUUUGUGCAUCCGAGUGUAGAAGAUGCUGUCUUCGGGCUUCGGGCAGCGCCACUGCCAAAAAUAGCGGGCAGAUACGGCCAGCGUGCUAAGGAGCUGGGGCUCCUUGAGCCUCGCUGUCUGCAGAAGCACCGGCUGCUCCAGGCACAGCACGUCCGGGACCAAGAGUCGGCUGCCUCCGAUGCCUGCAAUGACGAACGAGACUGCCGAGUUCAGGCCGCCAACCUCGCAGAGUCGCAGUUGGCGGAGGCCUCUGCCACUGCUCCGUUGCUCCAUUGUCUAUGCUUGCUAUUUGUGCCCCUCUGGAGCAGUGCAACUCGUCAACUGACGGGGCGAUCAGUGGCCUUUGUUGCAGCAUCGCGGGAGAAGACAUGA